UAACAGACCAAUAAACAAUACAACUCAAACUCUUCAGAUACCCUCUAUUACAUACCUUAUCAACAAACUCUAAACACAUCCAAACUCAACAGAACCUACAACGAGUUAUCUCCACAGCAAGUCAGCAACCAACACAACUUCAACAACUUCAACAACUCAAAUCACUUCAAAACCACAAAACCACAACUGCAAUCACAAUGUGUCUCCCCUUCCGAAGAAGCCAACCCCGCUAUAGCUCCGGCGGCGGCGGAAUGAUGGGUGCUCGCCCAGUCAAGGUAGUUCACCACCAUCACCACGGUGGAGGUCGCAUGGGUGGAGGCAUGGGAGGCGGCGGUAUGAUGGGAGGAAUGGGAGGUGGACGACGCAUGGGUGGAGGCAUGGGAGGCAUGAUGGGCGGUGGUAGAAGAAUGGGAGGACGACGAUGCUAGGCGCAGCAACGACAAUUGAGACCGCCUGGACGUCAAUGCCAGGUGCAGCAACGACAAUUGAGACAGGCUGGUCGUCGAUGUUAGAAGAUGAAUUCUUGUAUUAUUAAAGCGAUGGUAUGAAUCAACGAUUAAGAGACACUUUUUAUGCGAAAUAGAUAUAUCCC